CGCCCAGCAGCCUCUCACCGCGCUCAGGGAAAGCUUUUCUUCUCCCAGUGAACAGACUCUUUGCCCGCCUGCGAACACCGGAUAGUCCAGUCUGAGAAAAAAAAAAAAAGAGAGAGAGAGAGACCCCAGCACUGUGACGGCGGUGACAGAAGGACUCCUUUCUGCGUCGCGCUUCCGUCCCAAAUCCGGCCUCGCGUUCAGUUCAUUUGGACAUCUUUAUUUUCGCUUGACAUUCUUUUUUUUUUUUUUUUGUCACCGACAUGGUCGACUAUCACGCCACCAACAACCAGUACUCGUCCGGCGGGCCGCAGACCUACAUGGAGCAGGAGAACGACUGGGACCGGGACUUGCUGCUGGACCCGGCCUGGGAGAAACAGCAGAGAAAGACAUUCACAGCGUGGUGCAACUCCCACCUGCGCAAGGCCGGCACACAGAUCGAAAACAUAGAGGAGGACUUCAGAGAUGGACUCAAACUCAUGUUGCUUCUGGAGGUCAUCUCAGGUGAGCGGUUACCCAAGCCCGAGCGAGGCAAGAUGAGGGUGCACAAGAUCAACAAUGUCAAUAAAGCUCUGGACUUCAUUGCCAGCAAGGGAGUCAAAUUGGUCUCCAUCGGAGCAGAAGAAAUCGUGGACGGAAAUGCCAAGAUGACCCUGGGAAUGAUCUGGACCAUCAUCCUCCGCUUUGCAAUCCAAGACAUCUCUGUUGAAGAGACAUCGGCAAAGGAGGGUCUUCUAUUGUGGUGCCAGAGGAAGACCGCUCCCUACAAGAAUGUAAACGUGCAGAACUUCCACAUAAGCUGGAAGGACGGCCUUGCCUUCAACGCUCUCAUCCACAGACAUAGACCGGAACUCAUUGACUACGACAAGCUCAGAAAGGAUGACGCAGUAACCAAUCUCAACAAUGCCUUUGAGGUGGCCGAGAAGUACCUGGACAUCCCCAAAAUGUUGGACGCAGAAGACAUUGUGAACACUGCUCGUCCCGAUGAGAAAGCCAUAAUGACUUAUGUGUCCAGUUUCUACCAUGCCUUCUCUGGAGCUCAGAAGGCAGAGACUGCCGCCAAUCGCAUUUGCAAAGUACUAGCGGUCAACCAGGAGAACGAACACCUGAUGCAGGAGUAUGAGAAACUGGCCAGUGACCUUCUAGAAUGGAUCCGUCGGACCAUUCCCUGGCUGGAGAACAGAAAUCCCGAGAAGACCAUGGCUGAGAUGCAGCAGAAGCUGGAGGACUUCAGGGACUACCGCCGUGUUCACAAGCCACCAAAGGUCCAAGAGAAGUGUCAGCUGGAGAUCAAUUUUAACACACUGCAGACCAAACUGAGACUGGGUGGCAGACCUGCCUUCAUGCCAUCAGAGGGACAUAUGGUGGCUGAUAUCAACAGAGCGUGGCACACACUAGAGGGUGCGGAGAAGGGCUACGAGGAGUGGCUCCUCAAUGAGAUCCGACGUCUUGAGAGAUUGGAUCACUUGGCUGAGAAGUUCCGUCAGAAGGCCUCCAUCCAUGAAUCCUGGACUGAUGGCAAGGAGGCCAUGCUCACUCAGAGAGACUACGAGACGGCCUCGCUGUCCGAGGUGAAAGCGCUGCUCCGGAAACACGAGGCCUUCGACAGCGACCUGGCUGCACAUCAGGACCGAGUGGAGCAGAUUGCCGCCAUUGCACAGGAACUCAAUGAGCUGGACUACUACGACGCACCCAACGUCAACGCUCGCUGCCAAAAGAUCUGCGAGCAGUGGGACAGCCUCGGAGAACUCACACAGAGGCGCAGAGACUCACUUCAGAAAACGGAGAAACUUCUGGAGUCCAUCGAUGAGCUCUAUCUGGAGUACGCCAAGCGGGCAGCACCCUUCAACAACUGGAUGGAGGGGGCUAUGGAGGACCUGCAGGAUAUGUUCAUUGUCCACAACAUCGAGGAGAUCCAGAGUCUGAUCCGUGCCCACGAGCAGUUCAAGUCCACCUUGCCUGAGGCCAACAAGGAGCGCGAGGCCAUUCAGGCCAUCCACAGCGAGGUGCAGAAGAUCGCCCAGCACAAUGGCAUUAAGCUGAGUGGAACCAACCAGUACACCACCAUUACGCCACAGAGCAUCGACAGCAAAUGGGAUCAGGCACAGAAGCUAGUACCUCAGCGUGACCGGGCUCUGCAGGAGGAGCUUCGCAAGCAGCAGUCCAACGACAAACUGAGACGCAACUUUGCAGAGCAAGCCAAUGUGGUCGGACCCUGGAUACAAAACAAAAUGGAGGAAAUUGGCACGAUAUCCAUCGAGAUGAUCGGCACUCUGGAGGAUCAGCUGACCAACCUGAAGGAGUAUGAGCGCAGCAUUGUGGACUACAAACCCAACAUUGACCAGUUGGAGGGUGUCCAUAAACUCAUCCAGGAAGCCCUCAUCUUUGAUAACACGUACACGCCCUACUCCAUGGAGCACAUCCGCGUGGGCUGGGAGCAGCUGCUCACCACCAUCGCCAGGACCAUCAACGAGAUUGAGAACCAGAUCCUGACGCGUGACGCCAAGGGUAUCAGCCAGGAGGAGCUUUACGAGUACCGUGCCUCUUUCAACCAUUUUGACAAGGACCAUAGUGGUGCCCUCAUGGCUGAAGAGUUCAAGGCCUGUUUGAUCAGUCUGGGUUACGACGUGGAGAACGACAAGCAGGGCGACGCCGAGUUUGCCCGUAUCAUGGGCAUUGUGGAUCCCAACAACACAGGCACGGUCACCUUCCAGGCUUUCAUCGACUUCAUGUCCAGAGAGACCACCGACACAGACACGGCCGACCAGGUCAUCGCCUCCUUCAAGAUCCUGGCCGCAGAUAAGAACUUCAUCACCGCUGACGAGCUGAGACGGGAGCUUCCCCCGGACCAGGCCGAGUACUGCAUUGCCAGGAUGGCACCCUAUUCGGGGCCCGACGCCAUCCCCGGCGCCCUCGACUACAUGUCCUUCUCCACCGCGUUGUACGGCGAGAGCGACCUGUGAGGGCGGUGGACUCGAUUGGGGGAGGGGGGGGGGGUCAUGUCUUAAAUCGACUUCACUUCCCCACGUGUGCCGAUUUGAAAGAGUUUGGAGCGUGUCGAGUGAAGUGUAGUUUAUGGAAAACUGUUUAUUCGAUAUCCUUGAAAUCCAGCUUGAGGUCCAUGUACCUAGUACCAUCUUUUUCUCAAGCAAGGCUACUCAGCGCACUAGUGGAACGACUGUCUUUCUAAUAAUAUAAUUUUUCUCACUGCAAGUAACGCUUUUGGCCAACUAUUAUGCAAUUAAACCUUACUAUUAAACUAUAAAGUAUUUAUUCCAUAUACUUGCUAUUCAACUUUAGAUCCAUGCACUAGUACACUUUGCUAGAAAGACAAUUCAGCGUACUAGUAGAAUGACUUGGCAUUUUUUUCAUGACUUUCGAGUGUUUUCUCCAUUAUUUGUGCCAGUUUUGCUUGGACCUUUAGCUGCAUAUCAAGGAUUUUGAUUCAAUGAUCAAACAGCUGUAUGAAAAGAUCAAUAUACGACUGUGCACUAUUAAAACAAUUCAAUGCACUAGUAGAAUGACUAGGGCAAACUAGUACAUUUGUCUUACUGGUAACGUUUUCCUCUCCUGGUGCCAAUUUUGGUCUACAAGUAGACAAUUGAAGGUCACUUAAAAACUAUGGGAGGUUGUUCCAGUAUUUAUUCGAUAUUCUUGAUAUUCAGCUUUAACUCCAUUUACUAUGAAGUCAUAUCAGGGCAUUAGUGCAAUGACUCUCAAACUAGUAACAUUUUUCCUCCACUUGUCAAUUUGGUGCGAAUUGUGCACAAUUCAACCUUACUAGUAAACUUUAUAAAUCCAUUAGAGCUUGUUAUCAAAAGUUUUGAUAUCCAUCUUAUACUCCAUGUACUAGAAGGAGAAUUUAGCGCACUAGUGGAAAGUAGCAUUUAAUGUUCCUGUACACUAGGACCACCUGCACAUUUUUAGUGAGGUCAAACAUUCCAUUUGUUGACAGUUAUGUGCUGCUGGUACUACUAGUGACUAUCAAAUUGUAUUGUUUAUGAUCUAGUUUCACUCGUAGCAUGAAGAUGUUUUGCUUUACUAGUAACAUCUUGUUGGACUAAUGUGGAAAAAGUGAUCUACUAGUGUGCAGAAAUAUCACAGUCAUGGAAGAAAGUUCUACUCACGCGUUUUUAAAAUUGGUCUUAUUGUCUUACUAGUCAGGACAAAGACCACACUAGUUGCCGGACCUUGAAAGUUGAUUGAGGAUUUAUUCAAUAUCCUUGAUAAACACCAUUUAUUUUUAAAGAAGUUACCUGUAAGACACAGUUGUUCUGCAAGUACUAGUACGCUGAGGUCAUUCUGCUAGUGCAUUGAACUGUCGAGUCGUCAUGAAAGAGAGUUUACUACUACUUUGACCGUAAAGUGGAUAUCAAGGUUUUGGGCUAAAUACCCCAACAGUUUUCCAUAGUAGUUUCACUUCAUUCCUUGAAGUUUUGGGAAGGGGUGGACUGGUUGACUUCACCCUCUGCCUUUUUUUUUUUGUUUGUUUGUUUAAAUGGGGGGGGGGGGGGCAGCACUAAUCUUGAUACUUAUGCGAGAUUUAUUUUAUCAUUUGGAGAGGGGGUCCAAGGGUUCCGACAAAGGGAGCAUCCUCACACGAUUGCCGAUGUUUGUGUAUUAGAUUUGAGUCAUAUGCUGAGGCGGGUGGGACAGCCGUGUGGCCUAUAAAGUGUCAUUCACCCACAAAUGAAAUGGGAUAUUUGCCCAUAAUUCUCUUUUGUUGCUGGAUAAGGUGACCAAUAUCUUUUCUUUCUUUUCUUGCUUUCCCAGAGUUGAGGUUGUUGUCAGGACACUGUAAAUAUAUAGUUUUUUUUUUUCAGUGAGAAACGGUUAAAAGAAAAACAAGAGGGAGAGUGAUUCGCCCAAUCAGAAUUGGCGUCAUCCAUUUGAACCCCAAUGUAUACAGAAUCUCCCCAAAUUUGUUCCUGGUUGGAUGGUUGCCUUGGUAUUGGUCUUGUGUGUGUCCUCAAGCACCAUCAUCUUUUUUUCUCUCUUUCCACUUCCUCUAAUCCUGGGAUCCAUGGCGGUGUUCAAUUAAAAAAAAAAAAAAAAAAUCACCCAAAAGGAAAUGGAAAAAAAAAUCUAUGCAAUACGAAUGAGAUGAUUUAACGAUAAAAAGUCAAAAUUAAUGGAAGACUUUUUUUUUUUGUCAUUGUUUUUGCAAAGGGAGGGCACAUAAAAAAAAGACUCCAGGACCAAGAGGUUCUCUCCCUCGCUUCUCACUUCUUUUUUUUUUUCUCUGCCCUGGCUGGAGAAAAUGAACUCUGGAAAUUGUGGCCCCUACCCCCCUGCUUCUUUUUUUUCAGUUUUUUUUGUACUCUUUAAUAAUAAGGAACCUUAUCUGCUGUACUGGAAACUCCAAAAGGCCUUUUUUUCCUGUGUAACCAUGACAACGAUGAUGAUGAUGAGUGACUCACCAACCACACAUAAAAAGUUUCCUUACAAAAAUGUAUCUGGAUUUCAUGACCUUUUUUUUAUUAACACAGACACUCACAUGUCCUUUAAUAUUUUGUAUCCCAUCAAUUAUUUGCAAAUUUUUGGUAUUCGCUUUCUCCAGUGAAUCAUCAGGAUCCCCCCCCCCCUCCCCACUUGUCUGUUGCCAGACAUUUUGAGUGGUUAUAACUGCCCCAAUAAUGGGUUGGGGGGGGGGGUGUUAGGUAGUAUAUUUAAAAAAUAGAUUUAUUAAUUUAAAUAAAUGCAUCCAUGCUUUUCGUUUAUUUAAAAAAAUAUUUUAAUUUCAUAAAGUUUUUAAGUUGCUUUCUAAAUAAAUAUGUGGCUAAUAACAAAAAUAUUACCCUUUUUUGUAAACCACUUUGUAUUAUUGCAGUGAAUUUUCCAUUUCUAAUCCAGUUAUGAUCAUUUUAUGAUGGGUGAAAUACACACACCUAAAUUAAAACAUUUCUUUUUGAUUGGUUGUUUUUUUUUUUUCUUUUUGAUAAGUUGGCGAUUUUUAUUUUUAUUUGCAAACCCCAAUUCCAAUGAAGUGGGGUGCAUAAAAUGUGAAUAAAAACACUGCAAUAAUUUGAAAAUCCUUUUUCAAAUGAUAACCAAUUGAGCAUGACAAAAGUCAACAAUAUCAUGUCCAAACUGAUGAUGUAUUGUUUUUUUUUUUUCAAAAAUAUUUUCUCCUUUUGAAUCUGCUGCCUGAAACACGUUCCAAUAAAAGCCUGGGCAACAAAAGACUGGGAAAGUUGAA